CUUUUGCGGUCGCCACGAUGGAGAUGCAGAAGCUCCUGGCGCAUCUGCGCAGCAUCGAGGCCGGCCACGACACGAACGAGCGCUUCCUCGAGCGCUUGGCGCCGUCGUCGAGUGGCGUACCUACCAAGGCGGAUGAUAUUUACACGCUUCUGCGCAAAUCCAGGACCAAGAAACUACCGGCCAAGAAGCCACCGCGGCAACAACGGCCAGCACAACCGCAGCCCCGGCCCGAGUCGCUCCACGACCGGCGCGAGCGAUUGCACACUGUCAUGUCGUACGAGCUCAACCGAAAAGCCAAUUUAUCAGUACUCCCGCUGCCAGCGCCGGUGGCAUCGCCGCCCAAAGCGCGUCUUCUCGACCAAAAGCUGCAAAAAGCGCUGACCUCGGCGCGCCAUCACCAGGCCGACGAGGUUCGCGCGGCUGAGAUCGACGUCGACACGGCGCUUCACGACGCCGAGACGCUCCUUCCGCUGUCGUUCCUCAUGGAGCGCAACCUCGCCGCGCUCUGCCAGUCGAAAGCUGGCGCCAUCAUCAAGCGAGCGUUCGAGACCUUCUUGUUGCACUUUUACGACGACGCAUGGCACCACUGGAUGACCUUUGUAGCAUUAUCUCGGGAACAGGAACGAGAUGCGGCCGUGCGGGUCCUUAGCCGCGUCUACCGCGGGCACCGCGCCCGGCGGGCCUGUGUCCAGCUGCGCGCAACGUAUGCCGCGCUCCACGCCGCGACGGCGGCAGUGCUCGACCAACGCAUCGCGCACCGCCGCGUGUCGGCGCUUACGAUACAAAUGACAUUUCGACACAACGGCUUACGCCGGCGGCACGCCGAGGCGGCCGCCAAGCAUGCCGCUGCCCGCGUCAUCCAGCACCUCGUGCUCUAUCAGAAAGCCCGCGCACUUCGCUUCGCCGCCAUGCUCGCCGACGUCCGGCGCCACGCGGCCGCUACCACCAUCCAGCGCGUCUUCCGCGGCCGCCGCGGUCGGUGCGACGCCGCCCGCGCAGCGCUACACAAGAAGCGCGCCGCGAUCGUGGCCAAGCUCUGCGACCCGACACUCGCGAUCGCCAACCGGUUCGAGUCCCACGGCGCGGCGUUCCGGAUUCAAACCUGUGCACGGGCUUGGCUUUGUCGGCGCGCGGGUCGUCGGUACCGCGCGACCGUACGCCAAGAGGCGGCCAUGAUGUUUCUCACGCAAGCGCUCGCCUCAUACGUGGUGUACCGCAACUACAAGAGGCGCAAGUUAGGCCUGCUGGCUUCCCUUCCGGCGCGCAUGGCCGCUGCACGACUGCUCCAGCGUGUGAUCAGUACGUGGAUUCUACGGCGCAAGUGGCAAUUGAAUCGCCUCGUCCGGCGGAAGCAAGCACGCUUGAUGCGGGUCGAGGCCUAUGCCAAGCGCCGGGCCCAGCCGCUCGCGCUCGUGUCGCGCGGGCUCCAAAAGGCGCAAAACCGCGCACGCGGCGCGCUCACGUCAUUUUUGUCAGCGUCGAGCGCGGCGGCGAGAGCCUCGGAUCGGCGUCGACACGCCGCCGUCAUCAUCCAGCGCGCCUGGCGCUGUGCGCGACUUCGCUACAAGAAAUACUUGAAGACACUGUACGCGCAAAUCGAAUUCUUGCAGCUGCGCAAGACGGCGCUCUUUGCCCAUGCGACGCGCAUCCAGAAGCUGUGGCGCGGCCGCCGAGCGCGCAAGCAAGUGAAAUACCUCUGGCUCGACAAGGUCACGCGCAACGCCGUGGCCAAGUGGCGUGCGCGCCGGCACCGGCGACGCACGCUGGCAGCCCGACGUAUCCAGCGCAAGUUUCGAGGUAUCCGCGGCCGGCGACUGGCAAAACUCGCACUGGCCGAGAUGGCUUGUGCUCGGCGCUGUGCCACAACGCUCCAGCGUCUCGUGCGACCCUGGCUCGCCAUGCGCUAUAUGCACCGGCUUCGUGACACGGUGCGCCGUCGCCACGAGACGCACCUCGUAUGUGCUGCCUCGCUUCAGUGCUGUCGCCAAGCCGCCGUCGAGUAUUUGAUCUUCAAGUCGCUUGAAGGCGCCAUCGGUGACGUUCUCAUAUACCCGGCGUGGCUGAGCAGCGGGAGCGGCUUUACGCCGCAACAGGUUUCGUUUCCACUACUUCAGCUGCUCUUCCUCGACUACAACGGCCUCAAGCGCGAACACUUGAGCUCGAUGCCGUUGAAAGAGCUCCAGCAGCUGCGACUGGACCGGUCGAAGUUUCUCAAAGUGUUUCGAGACGCGUUCCCCAAUACGUCACGGCACAUGGACAUGUCGUCGGACGCUGAUAAGGUCCUCGGUCGCCUCAAGGAGCACCCGAGUCAGUCGCGCAUCUCACUCUCGUACGCGAUGUUUACGGCGGCGCUCAAGGACAUGGCAAUACUCGAAAUCAAGUCGAAAAAAGAAGAUCUCUCGCCCGACGCACGCUUGCUCACACUCGUGACCAAGCACAUCAACAGCGGCAAAUGGGCAACCAAGUACAAAGCUGCGGACCAGCUCGUUCUAUACGUCAACCAGUGGCUCGAACAUGCUGCGCGGCGGAUCCAGCGCCUCGCCCGACGAGCGCGAGACCGAGAUCGUGGCAACGCUCUCUUGCACAUCAAGCGCGUCGAGUGGCAGCAACGACUGGUGUCGGAGGCGGCGGUGACCAUUCAACGGGCGUGGCGACGGCGGGCGUCACAGAGCUAUCUGCGGUCUCUUGUGCGCGCGGUGUUUCGCAAGUACAUUGACGCCGCGACGGGGCUUCCGUACUGGACCAACCCACGCACGGGCUACUCGACGUGGACCAAGCCGCGCUUGCUCGGCAAAGGCGACGUCGACACGGACGUGAUUCCAAUGGCCGAUGCAGAUACCGAGUAUUCGAUCCGCUGCACCAACUGCAACAUCAACCCGAUCGCCGAGUCGUGCUUUCACUGCGAAGACAUGUACUGCGCAUCGUGCUACGCGCAGCUGCAUGCCAAAGGCAAGAUGGCGUCCCACAUUCACUUUCCUGUCCAAGGCUGCAGUCUCUGCAAGUUCCAGGUCGGAACGCGCCACUGCCACCAAUGCAACGCCGACUAUUGCGACAACUGCAUGCAUUAUGUCCAUCAAAAGGGCAAUCUCGCAUUUCACACGGCCGACCCGCUUGUCCCGCUUUGUCCCGACUGCAAGCAAGUGCGUGCGGUGCGCGUGCAGUGCCUCACACACGACGUCAAGCUGUGCCUGUCGUGCGCCCACGCCCACCCGCCCGAGCUCUGUCGACUCGAGACGAUCCCGUUCAUGCCGUUCUCGCUCGACGACGCAAUGAACCGCGUGCAUAUCGACCGACGCGAAAAGCUCGAAGCCGAGCAAAAGCGCAUGCACGACCAGCGCGACCUGGAAGCACGGCGUCUUCAGGGCGCACUGCGCAUCCAGCGCAACUGGCGGCGCAAGCUGGCGCACCAAAAAGGGUUCGAAAAACUUCUUUCGUUGGCCACGGCCAAGCAAGCUGAGUGGGCCAAACGCCAGCGCGACCGCAAGAAACAACGGACACUCGGGUUUGCGGUCAAGGACAUCUUUGGAAAGGCCGGGUUCCUCGAGACCGACACGCCGGCCCACCAAGUGCUGCGCCGUCUCAACGUCUACACGCGCCACAAGAUUCUUGCGCGGAUUCGAAAACUCCAAGUGCCGCUCGACGAAUACCUCUUCCUCGGCGUCCUACUACCCGGGCAUGCGUCGGUUGCCACUGGCAGCACGCUCCUUGAGACGAGCGAGGACGUACGUGGCUGGGUCGUGAAUGGCCAAGCGUUGCGAAUCCAAGACCACGUGUGCUACAUCCACGCUUCCGAAGCCAUGCUCGAAGCUAGUAUUGCGCUUCACACGCCAUUUCGCCCUGAGAGCGCGGUGCGGUCCCCGUAUUACGCAAUCGAGUUCUCGACGCAAUUUCCCACCAAUCUCAAAGACAUGCAAAAGAAAACCGGUUUGGCCAAACUGCACAAGGCCGUCCCAGACGUUCACGUCGCGAAUGCACUGGCGAGCCUCGGUACCAAAGUGCAGUCCCUCGCCCACCGCGUCGACGAAGACUCGUUCUUGGGCAAGUCCCUUAACAAAAUGGCCAAGUCGGUACAAGGCGCCGCGCUGCGCAAAAAAGUCGCACUAGAAAUUCGCAACGAAGAGCAAGCCGAGCAGCUUGACCUCGACAAGAGGAGCGAGCGCCGGCGGUCGGUGAUUAGCGCCGGUCGACGGCGAUCAAGCAUCUCGAUGACGGCCGUGGCGGCGGCAGUGCGCUUGGCGUCCUUUGCCGAGCUGGAAGGGCUCGCGCCACUGGAGAGUAAGGACGACGACGAAGACGACCCGCCGCCGGAGGCUGCUACUGCUGAAGGCCACACCAGCUACGACCCGUCGCACGACGCAUCAAGUGGUUUUGCUGGCACAUAUGCUGACGGCACGUCAAGCUACCCAGCCGAUGUCCACGCAGAUAGUCAUGUGGAUGCAUAUGAGGGUGCCACUCAAGGGAUUUACGAUGCCAGUACCGCCUACACCGAGGCAGCGUACUAUCAGCAGACGACCGACAACUACGGCGCGUACAGCUCGGACACGGACCCCGCAUAUUAUGACUUUACACAGCCCACGUACGACGCGGCUGCAACGAGCAAUGGCGGUGGCUACUACGCAGCAGCGUCCGAGGUGUACGGCCAAGAGGUGACUGCUGCGUACGAUGCGUCGAAUAGUGGCUACGGCGCCACUGCAAGUUACCCCAGCGGCGAGUACUCGGUGAGCGGUGCUACGACAGUUGACGGCUACGAACCAAGCUACGCUGAUCUCUACGCGGCUGCCCCAUUGAUGGACGGAUCCGUCUUGUACGACAGCCAUGCUGCGUACGAACCAACAUCGUUCGGUGAUUCGUCCUAUGGUGGGGCACACUAUGAAGCGCAACCAGCGACGCAAGCGACUGCGCUGGAGACACCCUUGGCGUACGCUGCAACAUCGUACGACGACUACGCUGCCGCCAGCUACGACUUGACUCAGAGCUAUGCCCAGCAAGCCGGCUACGACCAGCAAGGUGGCUACGGUGCCGCUUACGAUCAACCAGCCGCGUACGGUCACCAAGCUGGCUACGAUCAGCAAGCCGGCUACGAUCAGCAAGCCGGCUACGAUCAGCAAGCCGACUACGAUCAGCAAGCCGGCUACGAUCACCAAGCUGGCUACGAUCACCAAGCUGGCUACGAUCACCAAGCUGGCUACGAUUACCAAGCCGACUACGAUCUGCAAGCCGGCUAUGAUACUACGAACGGCGGCGCGUACGACACGUCAGCGCCUAGUGACGCCACCGACCCGUGGCAAGAGAUUUACGACCCGCAGAGUGGUCAAUUGUACUAUUACAACACGAUAACGGGCGAAUCCGUCUGGAAAACAUAAGACAACUUGUCCAUCCGCG